AUGAUUCCGGACCACAUCAACGACGAUCUCUUCAGGCGAAAGAAGUUGUCUGGCAAGAAGGGAGAGAAUAUUUUCGCUGCUGGAGAGGUUGAAUAUCAGGUCUGUUUUUGCAAAGUAUUCUCUUAUCUGCGGGGUUGUUCAGCUGUCGUCUCGAAGUGCUUGAUGCUUUUUUCCCUUGAUAUUGAAGGAAAGUCUGUAUUUUAUGUCACCGAGCAGAGGAAAACUGACCAGAAAGCCAUUGACAAACCUAUCCUGGCCGCUAUCAAGAAAAACUCUGAACAUAAAGCUCUCUUCGGUUACUUAGGAUCGCGGUUCAUGUUGGAAACCAGCCGAGUGGUAGGCACGAUGUCUAAAGGAAAGGAGAGCCCAAAAAACGCAAAAGACACAAAUUGGCCGUCAAAGAAAAGGAAGGGAAAGGUCGAAACGAAGGCUCGAGAGAUGGAAACACCACCGCAGUAA